AUGAUAAUUCGGCUUAUAGGCGAUAGUUGGUUUCCAGAGGAGAAGCUGCUCAUCAGCGUUCGAGAAGAUAGUGAGAUUAAAGCUUCUCUCCCUAACAUUAUGAAGAAGCUUAUGAUAAAGAGAAUAUGCGAGUACAAAUUUUAUCGUACAAUCGGGGAGAGAAAAUGUGACUAUGGACAGCUUAUUGACCCUCAGUCCACGUGGAGGGAACUUGGAAUUUCUAGUGGGAGUGCUAUUUAUUUGAGCAAAAAAGAGCCGACGUCAAUGGAAGAAUCAACUAAGGCAAGUAACGUGGCUGAAAACAAAGAGAAGGAUGAAAAGGAGGUGCCCGUGAAUGUCCCGGCAUCAGAAGAAACGCUUCCUAUUCUACCCCCAACUGUUCCCAUAGUUACCACAAACGAAGACUGCCCGGAUAAAACUUUGCUAACGCACCCCCAGCAAGAGUCUAGUCCUAUGCAUACAACCACACUAGACUCUUUUUUUCCCAUUGAGGUUGGAUCUUCCUCCCAAGUAAAAACUGUUGACUUUCCACUUCAGCCAUCUCAUAGUAACGAAGAAAGAGACAUUGUUGUUUCAGCAUGUACUCAUGGAAGCACCAAGAAGAGAACACAGGGCUAUCGGCAUCAAGCAAACUUAGCCUCCGUUCUACAAGAGUCUCAGUGUCAUGUUAACAAGAGUGAGGUCACUGGAUUUUCUAUAGUGCCAGAAGUUAACUAUUCUGCUUUUUAUGCGUCUCGAGCGACAUCAUCGCCGUUGGCCGAAAAAAAUUCAAUGGAUCUAGCACAGCGUGAAGUAAUGCUGCGUCGCUGCGAGCGUACUGCCUACAUGGUUUCCUUGUACGAGUUUGCACACCUAGAAUUCCAAAGGCAGCGCCGACGAGCGGAAGAAUUGCGUCGUGAGCCUCAAAGAGGCCUAUCACGUUCCACAGUAUCUCAAUCUCAACUGUUGUACAAAAUAUGA